AUGGUGGAAGAGUCUUCGUCCUGUUUAGUCAUCACGUACACCAGCGCUGGGGUUGGCACGGUAGACCUGCAAUUCUUCAAUCGUGUGGAAUUCUUUCACAAAAUGCCCUCCACCAACAUCUCUAUAGUCAUCAACAACACACAGGAGGCCGACUCGGGCCAGUACAACUGGCAGGUGGUUGUCCCGAGAGGUACUGGUUAUAAUGGGGAAGUCAAGCUCACAGUCAACAUCCCCCCCUCUGUACCUGUGUGUACCAUGACCGGACAGCCCGUGCUGAUGGGAAACAUCACGCUGAACUGUAAUUCUGCGGAAGGGAAGCCAGCACCCCUGUACCGCUGGAACAAGAGCUCCCCAAACAGCAUGCUGUUCUUCCCACCCAUGCUGAGUCAUCAGCUGGGCACACUGAAGCUAACCAACCUCACCAGCAACAUGUCAGGGAAGUACACCUGCCAGGCUAGCAAUGCUGCGGGCGCGGGGGUGUGCUACAUCGAGCUCGAGGUCUCCACCGUGUCCAACGCAGGGGUGAUCGCAGGGGCCACGAUAGGUGCCUUGCUGGGCCUGGUGGCAAUAGUCUUUUUCGUCUACUUCAUCCUGAAAAGAAAGAAGGAGUCCGAGGACGACAUAGCCAAUGACAUCAAGGAGGACGCCCAGGCACCCAAGCGCAUCUCGUGGGCUAAGAGCGGUACGGGCUCGGACAGCUUCUCCAAGAACGGCACCCUGUCCUCCAUCAUCACCAGCCCCAUUCCGCAGGACCACCUCCACAUACAGAGCUACCCGGUCUCCGACACCGCCUCCAUCAUCACCGCCCCGGGCAGCAUGGCAGGCUACAGGCUGCGCCCAGGAGAGAUCAACCCCGGUCUGCAUGCUGGGCCUGGGUACAACGGCAGCUUUCCCCGGGCUGCUACUGGGCCGCACACCAGUAAUGGGAACUCCUUGCAAAGACCUGAGCCCGCCCGAGCUCCACGCCCAUCUCCACCUGCCGUUCCCACCAGUUCCCUGGUUCCCCCCAUUUCCACUGGAGUGACAAGUUCUAAUAUCACCCGUAUGGGAGGAGUGCCCGUCAUGGUGCCUGCGCAGAACCAAGCGGGGUCCUUGGUGUAGCCCCGCCCCAGAUUCAGCCGUCUGCUGGACACCCUCAGCAAAUCGGACUAAAGAUUCCUGAAGGGGAAGUUACUACUGGAGGUGGCAAACCAGUUAUGAAGACAAUGAUGUCAGGAGGAAAAAAGACAAGUUAAGGCCAGUCAAACUACUGCCAAAGUAUGUUAUGAUGUAACUUCAUGAAAGCGUAUGCAGUACAUAUGCAGUUUUUGAUUUGAUUUUGUACCGAAGAUGUAUAAAAUUAGUAGAUAUGUUUAACACUGCACUGAAAUAGCACAAAAUGUUCUUCCUUUUUUUUUUUUCCAAACACUUGAUGACUCGCGCUUUCUAAAGAUAUACAUAAAUUAAAUUGGAUUAGGUGACAAAUAUCUUUGUAAGUAUAAGGUUGCCGGCUUAAGUCCGAAGAGGAAAUCUGUUUUUGUGCCCUUGAGCAAGAUGGUUAGCCUGAAGUGAUCUACAGCAUCCAGAAGUAUGAUUUAGUUGACUUAAAUUAAAAUUGCAAACCACCUGUACCAGUAUAGAAAGACUAGGCUUAGGUUCGUAAGUGAAAUGUUUUCCUACUGAUGUAUUUGUUGAUGAGGACCUAAGAAAACGAUGCCUGUUAAAGACGGUGUCGCUUUAAGUGUCGUGAGACAUGCCUGACGCUGUGGUGAACAAUUGGUUUAGGUGGGAAGAUGUUCUUCCCCUAGGUGGCGCUAAAGUCAAGAUUUGUUUCUGCGUUUCAGAUUAUUGAGACUGAAAUAUAUUUGCCUGCCUAUGGCCUAGUUUUGUCACAAACCAAAUCGCUUAUAAAUCAUUUAACUCAUGCCUGUGCUAAAGUCGUAAGAAACAGAUUAAACAACUUGCUCUUUUCAUUUUAUGGGUUUCAGACAGAACCCAACCAAAAAUCUUUAUUUGCCUUUAGUGUUAAGAAUUUUUCAAAUGCAAAUACGCCUUUAUGUGCAAUGUUCUGUUCAUUGAAAUAACGUGAUGCUCUGUUUUUGAUAUUAUAGUAGUUUCAGUACUAACAUUUUUUAUUAUGUAUUUUAUUCUGCGAUUACGUAUUUUCCCUCUCAUGUUUAAUGUGAAAGAUGAGAAUUAUUCCUUUCAACCGUCUUGCGACCUUUGGUUUUUAUAGAUAUUUGAAAGACUUCAAUGUAACCCGUCGUUUCCCCUCCACAAACACUGCAAAGCAAAUCGUGCAACCCGCAUUGUAAUAUUCUUAUUAAUCUACACCUGUGAGUCGGACGGGUUUGUCCAGUGCUACGUUUUCGUUUUAUAUGUUGUAUCUGCAAAAUAACCCAAGUAAAUAUUAGAUGCUUUUUCGUAACGGACUUCAUGCCAACAAAAGCAUUAGUCGCCGAGACGUAAUCGAAAAUUAACGACCACCCCCACCCUAAAUGCAUUUAUACGUUAUUUCUAUUACUUUUUUUUAUAUACUGCCAGUUUCACUGGAAAAUAAUUAUAGCUUAAGCAAUCUGGAGUAAAGACAGAUCCGUUUCAUAUAUAAAAUAAAUGUGUAAUGAAAGGUAGAAUAAUAUAUUACCGUAUUUACAAGCAGUUGUAAGGAAUAUGACUUAUGUAUUACAUGAACCAUAUAGUAAGUAUAGUGUUAAUAUGAAAAUGAGUGCAGCAACUGACUUAUGUUUUUAUGUGUAUUGAGCUUCUGUCUUGUGGAUUUUUUAAAAAAUAAAACAGAAAAAUGCUUAAAAUGCGUUGCAAUAUUUUAUGCAUUCGCAAUAUUUUCUUUAUAAACAGAAUUUAACAAAACCAAAAUUUUCCACAAGGUGGUACCGUCGCAACCUUCAUGAAUAUCGUCUAGACUUUGUUAAAUUGCAUUAUAGCAUAUUGUCUGAUUUGAAUAAAGUCUGUGUCGUUUCAUUAUA